AUGGCGGCGGCGGUGCGCUGGGCCUUGGUGGCCGCUGUGGCGGCGGCGGCGGUUGUGGCGUUGGAUAACGGCGUGGCGCGGACGCCGCCCAUGGGCUGGCUGCACUGGGAGCGCUUCCUCUGCGGCACCGACUGCGCUGCUGAGCCGGACAGCUGCGUCAGCGAGCGGCUGUUCACCGAGAUGGCCGACGUGAUGGUCGCGGAUGGCUGGAAGGAAGCGGGCUACGAGUUUGUCUGCAUCGACGACUGCUGGAUGGCGCCAACGCGGGAUGAACGAGGCCGGCUGCGGGCGGAUCCCCGGCGCUUCCCCGGCGGUAUCCGCGCACUGGCGGACUACGUCCAUUCCAAAGGGUUGAAGCUGGGGAUCUACAGUGAUGUGGGGAACAGGACGUGUGCCGGCUUCCCCGGCAGCUAUGGGUACUAUGAGUUGGACGCACAGACCUUUGCCUCCUGGGGUGUGGACUUGCUGAAGUUUGAUGGCUGUAACGCCGACUCACUGGGGCUGCUGGCAGAAGGUUACAGGAACAUGUCUCUGGCCCUCAACAAGACCGGCAGACCCAUCGUGUACUCCUGUGAAUGGCCUUUCUACCUGAGGCCCAUGCAGCAGCCCAAUUACACGGAGAUCAAACAGUAUUGCAAUCACUGGAGGAAUUUUUAUGAUGUCUAUGAUUCUUGGAACAGCAUCAAGAGCAUCGUGGAGUGGACAGCACUUCAUCAGGACAGCAUUGUGAAGAUAGCUGGGCCAGGGGGCUGGAAUGACCCUGACAUGUUGGUGAUUGGGAACUUUGGGCUGAGCUGGGACCAGGCAGUGACUCAGAUGGCGAUGUGGGCGAUCAUGGCCGCGCCGCUCUUCAUGUCCAACGACCUGCGGCACAUGAAACCGGAGGCCAAGGGGCUGCUCCAGAACAAGGAGGUGAUCGCCAUCAACCAGGAUCCGCUGGGCAAGCAGGGCUAUCGCAUCACUAAGGACAAGAACUUCGAGCUGUGGGAACGGCCCCUGUCUGACAGAGCCUACGCUGUGGCAGUCCUAAACCAGCAGGAAAUUGGGGGACCCCAGAACUUCACCUUCUCCCUCUCCUUCCUCGGCAAUGGGCUGGCCUGCAACCCAGCGUGCUGCAUCCAGCAGAUCCUGCCAACCAGCAGGGACUGGGGGGUUCACAACUGGGUCUCCUCCCUGAGUGUAGAAGUGAACCCCACAGGCACUGUGCUGCUCAAAGUAGUGCCGCUGUAGGAGGUGGGAUUAUUUUCUGUAAGCCUCAUGCUCUGCACUUCUUGUCCUAGAGCAUUCGCUGCUUGAGAGCCUCUGGAUGCUGAACCUUCUGCCUACUGUAACAAAUGCCCGUGACUUAUUACUAUGAGGCAGCAGAAAAAGGGGUGCUGCUUCUCUCCUGUUAUCCUUUCUCUGGCAUCUCGCCCAACUCUCCUUUCCCAAGGGGUCACAAGGCCCCCAGCAGGGCAACAACAACUCAUUGCCACCACGACCAAAGAUCUGCAAGAGGUGCAUGCAGCGUUCUGCGGCUCUUCAGCAUUUCCGGCACACAAGGGCAGUGCAGCCCAGCUGCUGUGCUGUGUGCUUUGGCAGGCUGGAGCACUUGAGGACAUUUAGUUCACAGCUGUGAAAAGCUGUUCCUGCUGGAAAAAACUCAAUGCCGUCCUCAGAAUGGGCACCUCCUCCUGAGCUCAGGGACUGGUCUAAAUCACAGUGCUUCUUAGCAGCUGAUUUCUCUGCAGCCAUCUGCUUAAAGCCAUCAAGUGUGAUGCCUCCGAGCUGAGCUUUGAGGCUUUCAAGUCUCACAAGUCUUCCUCUCAUCAAUGGCUGCCCCUUUAGAUGACAGUUCCCCACACCACCCUUCAUGGGGCCCCUAGGGAAUCCUUCCUUAGUGAGCUCCCUUCCAGAAAUAACUGCUUGCUUUAGCUUAAAGGUCCUUCUGGUGCAGGAUACAGACACUUAACCCUUGUUUCCAGGCUACUGCACAAUUUGGAUGCCUUGAUUUGUCCUAAUGUUUGUGUUUACAACUCCAACUGAAGCGUUCCUAAGCAGGCCUACCUGUACAUUUUAGCAUGGUGGCUAAAAUUAAAUCAAGUUUUGGAAAACAGGUCACUGUUCUUUAUAAAAAUCAUCAUGAUUACCAGAAGCAACGCUCAGUAAAGUGGAUCUGAUGCACCUGCACCCUACAUCUAUUACACACCUCUUGGAGCAAGGAGGGAGAUCCCAGCUUACAAGAGGUUUUGAAGAAAUGCUGCCUUUGCAAGGAUCAUCUUCCUGUUGGGUUAGUGUACUUGCAAGCCUCACCCCACCAGCAGCACAGAAUACACAAAACCAAGUAACAGAUCACUUCCAAAUACUUUAAUAUGGUCCAAAAAUGAGUAGGAUGCAGCUUAGAACUGUAUCACCUGGCCCUAUAAGAAGGAAGAGACGAGUGUGAGUUUAUUCACCACUGAAUCUUGCCCUGUCCCAACCCUGGCAGCACACAGCCUGCUGUCUGUCCCUCCUGCAGCCACUCCAGGCAGGCUGCUGCCAUGUUGCUGAAAAUCCUCCCCUUGAUACAGAGCCUCACUCAGCACUUAGGGAGUGCUCAGCCUGUGCUGCUGGCAGUGCUCUCCCCAAAGCCACAGCUGUGCUCAUACCCACCCAGAUGAUUUUUCCAUCAUCAGCCAGUCUUGGUACACGCACAUACCUUUCUCUUCUUGUCUCCUCCCAGUUCAAAGUGCUUGCAUCUCUUAAUUGCCAGCAUCCUCUUAGACCUGCAGUUGGGCUCCACACACUCCAGCCUCAGCACAAUCUUCUUUGUGGUCUUGGCCUGGGAAGUGAGGAGCAGUGCAUGAGCGAACCAAGUGUCCAAAAGCAGAUCAAUUGCUGCUCUCAGAAAAGCUGCUUAUCUCUACCCUUAGAAGAUUCAUCAGCUUGUUCUCAAAGCAUAAUAAGAGACUAAACACAGCUGACUUGCUCCAUUAAACACAAAAAGGUAUCUUAAAGACCAGUAAA